UCUCAAUUAUAUAUCUCUUUAAAGAAUGAAAAUGUUUGUCAAGAUUGCAUGUUUGGUGGUUUCGUGCAUGUUGAUUACAUUUGCACCCCAUGCAGAGGCAGUGACUUGUGGCCAAAUACAGGUUGGGGUGGUGAAUUGCCUUCCUUAUUUGCAGAACCGUGGCCCAAUAGGAGGCUGUUGUGGUGUCAUUAAAGAUUUGCUUAAGCUUUGUAAAACACCACAUGAGCGUAGAAAAUCAUGUAGAUGUGUCAAAAAAGCUGCUAAUACUAUAAAAGGCAUUGAUUUUGGCAAAGCUGCUGGUCUCUCUGGAGUUUGUGGUGUCAAGAUUCCUUUUGAGAUCAGCCCCUCUGUUGACUGCUCCAAGGUGAAGUGACGUUAAUGAAAGAGAUUCAUUUUCCAUAUCAUAAUAUAUGGUAGUAGCACAAUCAUGUGGACAAGAAUAAGAUAGGUCGAGAUUGAUCCUGCUUAAUCA